AUGGCUACAAAUAAGAUCACACCUUCACCGAAAGCAACAGUUGCUCUUAUCAAUGCGUCAGGUCCUCCGGGAAGAUAUACUAUAUCAUUCGGGAGUCACCACUACGUGGUCGAAUUAUCCAAGGUGCCUUGGUUGGGAGCGUAUAUCGAUUUGAUGCCAAGAGAUAAUGCAAGUUAUACUCAGCCUAGCGAUGAGAGCGAACACGAAUCAGAUCAAUCCGUCCCCUACUUGUUCAUAGCUGCCCAGGGAAUCAUAAAUGGCUAUUAUUUUUGCUUCAAAAUGCUUCCUCCUGAGCUUUCACAUUACUAUAAACUCUGCCAAACGCUUGAUGUUAUAUCAGCCGAGAAUUUGUCUUCAAGCCCCAAGUCUCUACAGGAACUAUUGAGAUCAAUUGACUUGUAUAGGAAUCCAAAGACUCCCCAAGAUGUCAGAAUGCGCCACAGGGCAAGAGCUGGCACUGCUGCCUUCAAAUUUGUGUAUUUGAUGAUAUCGGGCGACUUUAACCUCGACUCCAAAGUUCUGAAAGCAAAGCGAAAACUGGCACUAAGGUUCGUCAAGACCGUCUUGUCUAACCAAGAUGAUUUCAUAUGGGAAAUAAGAAAGGUGGUUCGAGCUGCAUAUCAAGUCCGAUUCGAGGCCAAUUGGGAUGUGUUUAAGAUGCUUGAUCAUUUGGUGGGGGCAAACCGCGACGAAGCAAGAAGGUUUUGA